GCAGGGCUGUCAAACUGGCAUCCCUCCAGCUGUUGUGAAACUACAAGUCCCAUCAUGCCUCUGCCUUUGGGAGUCAUGCUUGUAACUGUCAAUCUUGCAAUGAAUCAUGGGACUUGUAGUUUGGCAAAAGCUGAAGGGCCGCCAGUUUGACAUCUCUGUUGGUGAACUACAAGUCCCAUCAUGCCUCUGCCUUUAGGAGUCAUGCUUGUAACUGUCACUUUUGCAAUGCCUCAUGGGACUUGUAGUUCUACAACAGCUGGAGGGCCACAGUUGCCCAUCCCUGGUGUAGAGCAU